AUGGGACAAUCUAUAACAACUUCCUUGAGUCUUACUCUUGAUCAUUGGCAGGACGUCCGGAACCGGGCUAACAACCUGUCAGUGGAAAUCAAAAAGAAAAGAUGGAUAACACUCUGCACCACGGAAUGGCCAACGUUCGAUGUUGGCUGGCCAAAAGAAGGGACAUUUAACCUUGAUCUUAUUUUACAGGUGAAGUCUCGGGUUUUCACCCAAGGUCCUCAAGGACACCCCAAUCAAGUGCCCUACAUUGUUACUUGGGAAGAUCUAGCCUCCGACCCACCUCCUUGGGUCGCCCCUUUCUCUCCACCUAAGCUUCCUCCCCGUUCUCCCCUUGAAGCCCCACCCCCACCUUCCGCUCCACUUAUCCCGAUACCCGCACCCCCUCCUCAAACCUCUAGGCUUUACCCUAUUCUAGAUAAACCCAAAAACGUGACUCCAGCAGGGACAAAACCCAAGAAGGUCUUACCACCAGAGGAUUCAACUCUUAUAGACCUGAUGACUGAAGAACCCCCACCUUACCAUCCCCAACCUCUACCAGCUCCAGAUCCCAUCCAGGUUUCCUCAGAAGAAGAAGAACAAGAGGGUCCAACUACCAAUGCCCCUCCGGGCCCAUCCCCCAUGGUGGGGAGACUUCGCGGGCGCCGAGAACCUACCGCCCCAGGGGAUGCUUCAAGGGCCUUCCCCUUGCGGCAGACGGGAGGUCCUAAUGGCCAAUAUCAGUACUGGCCUUUCUCUGCCUCUGAUCUUUAUAACUGGAAAACCCACAAUCCCUCCUUUACCAAUGACCCUGUAGCCCUAACUUCCCUGAUUGAAUCUAUUCUAGUGACUCAUCAACCAACAUGGGACGACUGUCAGCAGCUUUUGCAGACUCUUCUCACUUCAGAGGAGAGACGGCUCUUAGAGGCCCGUAAAAAUGUGCCGGGAGAUGAUGGGCGCCAUACCCAACUCCCAAAUUUGAUCAAUGAAGCUUUUCCCUUAAUUCGACCGGAUUGGGAUUAUAAUACUGAUGCAGGUAGGAACCACCUACGUCUCUAUCACCAGUUACUCAUAGCGGGUCUCCAUGGAGCAGGGCGACGGCCCACCAAUUUGGCCCAGGUAAGACAAACCACCCAGGGUUCGGAGGAAACUCCGACCACAUUCCUAGAGAGACUAAAAGAAGCCUAUCGGAGAUACACUCCUUUCGACCCCGAUAGUGAGGAUCAGAAGGGAAACAUAUCUAUGGCUUUCAUUUGGCAAUCCGCUCCAGAUAUUAGGACCAAGUUGCAAAGGUUAGACAACCUACAAGACUUUACUCUAGCGGACUUAUUAAAGGAAGCAGAAAAGAUUUUUAAUAAGAGAGAAACCCCAGAGGAAAAGGAAGAAAGGAUCAGAAAAAUGCAGGAAGAAAGAGAUCUUAAAUUUAGAGAAGAGUUAGAUAAGAGAGAAAGAGAAAAAGAUUGA